AUGGGACUGAAUCGAGCAUUAUGCACUGAUCAGUGCCUCAGGAAUUACAAGAGGGAAGUGUUUGUAGAGAACGAAGUGAAAGCUACAAAAACACAUCCUCGAGCAAGUCUUGUCAAAUUGUUGAAAAACUCUGCAGAAGAUGAUGGAUGCAACAAGUCAAGUAGUACAGGCACCUCCAUUAGUGUUGAAGAAGCAUUCCGCCGAUGGUUCACUCACAACCCUUUCCAAAAUCGUCGCUUUCAAUCAACUAUUUGGGAUAGUUGCCAGAUGCAAACACUAUUUGACUGUCAUUUCUAUAUUUCGGCUUCUGUCUUUGGGAUCAUCAUGAAACUUGGUUUCGAGCCAGAUAUUGUCACAUUGACUACCCUACUUAAGGGGCUCUGCACGGUGGAUAAAAUUGCAGAGGCUAAAGAGUUGUUCCACAAGAUACUUAAAGAAGGGUAUCGUGGUAAUUUAAUCACGUACGGAACCAUAAUCAAUGGGCUCUGCAAGUCUGGAAACACUUGUGAGGCUCUUGAAAUGUUUAGGACAAUGGAACUCAAGGGUAAAUGUAAGCCUGAUGUUAUCACGUAUACUACAAUCAUCGAUGGCCUUUGCAAAGUAGGAAUGGUAAAUGAAGCUCUGAACCUAUUCCUUGAUAUGGUCGGGAAACACAUCUCCCCUAAUGUUGUUACCUACAGUAGUUUGAUUCAUGCAUUUUGCAAUUUAUAUAUGUGGAAAGAAGCUGCAAAUUUGAUCCACGAAAUGUUGAACCAUGGAGUAUCACCAAAUGUCAUUACCUUCAACAUUAUGAUAAAUGGUCUUUGCAAAGAAGGAAGGGGUGUUCAAGCCAAUAAGUUGUUUGAAUUGAUGCUUCAAAGAGGACUAAAGCCUAAUGUUGUCACUUUAAGCUCUUUGAUUCAUGGCCUAUGCAAUUCUGAUCAAUUAGAAAAAGCCACUGAGAUGGUCUUUGCAAAGCCAAAAGGACUUCUGAAGCGCAAAAGUUGUUUGAAUUGA